AUGCCCAUCCCCGUGCGCUCCCACUCCCUAAUCAAGUCAAAUUCUGCCGCAACUGGCCCGUCAUCAACACCGACGAGCCUCGGAAACGUGCCGCACUCUGAAGCAACAGGUGCAAAAGAACCGACAAGGCUGACAAGGGAACCGGCACAUGCCCGCGCCACAAGCAAAGUAUCUGCACGAACAGUCACUGAACAGAAGCCCGAUGAUCCUGGCCCAGCAACGAAGGUUCCCGUCAGUAAUAUCCGUGGAGACGCACAUGCAGGCCACGGCGUUACCAGAAACCACUUGUCAGCCACCAGCAGCAGCGUGACCCGGGAAGCUCCAGCCGCGUCGGGACUGGCAGUUGUCACGGCAACUUCUCGGUCACAGCAAUGGACAGGCAACAAAGGUACGGCCAAUGUCAGGACCCCGGUCUUGAGCUCGCAUAGUAGGACCUUGAGUGCCACGAGCAAGGCAAGGAGAACUGCCGAGCCUCGGAAUUCCCAGGACGAGGCUCGCAAGGCAAGUGACUUGGUGUCUUCCCAUGCAUUGCCAUCAACGGCAGGCAAAGCGUCGUCGUCUGCGUCUGAGAAAGGGAAGCAGGUGCCGUUCUUGAGGCCAAACUUCAGCACUUACCAGCAGCGCUAUAGCCCAAAGAAACCGAACGCCGUCCCCGUGGCCUCGGCCUCGGUUCCGAACAAAAUCGCUGUUGGUGCCGGAUCCGCAGACGGCGUUGUUUCUGCUGCGGAGAUUGAAAACCUUGAAGACGAGCUCUUACAACUAUCCAUUGUUCGGGAGAAGUCAUCGGCCGCUCUCCAGGCUUAUGAGGUGUCAAUCAAGUCGCGGUUCAGAGCAAGUUUUGACGAUGUGGCAAAGCAGCUGAGUUUGCUCAAAUCCAGGCAAUGUGAUCGGCAAUCCACCGUCAACGCACUUGCGGUGAGCGAGUGGCUCGGGAAGCAGCGACAAACUCCAGCUCUAACGCAUGCUGGAUGUGAUACAUUACUUCUUCUGGCACAUUGCCAGAAAGUGUUGCAGGACGUCAGCAAAGAAAAUGGGUCCCUCAAGGAUGCUAUGCAGAUCUUUGACGAGUGGUGCGUCUAUUCGUCUUCUAGAAGGUCGUACCGCGCCGCUGAUGACCCGCACGAUGGAGACGAUGUCCAGGACCCGGGAUCCUUUCCCCGCCCCAGUCUUGUCCGUCCCGAUCCCUUUCUGACUGACGGGUGGUCGGCCUCAUUUUCGUCAGUUGAAGCUCGAGUCAAAUCUUGUGCGGCGUUAUGGACUGAUCUGCAGCUGCCGCCCGCGUCCACUUCACUUGGUCUGCUGAUCAAAAUGCAGUCGAUUCUUGCGGAACAGAUUCUACGAGAGAUUGCGAUGUGCAGGUCCAUAGAAGGCCUGAUUGUUCGAGAAGAACAAGCGUGGAUUAGAACCGCGGUCGAAGCUGCUCUUCAAGACGCAGAAUUACAUCAUUCCGCAAGUGCAGCUCUGGCUAGUAAUAGGAGGGGCGUUUGGAACACAUAUGGAGUUGCUUAG